AUGAGCUCCAACACAAAGACUUAUAAAGACGCUUUCUCCCUUUUCGAUAAGAAAGGUACAGGUAAAGUUUCACCAGAUGCUUUAGGUGAUUUAUUGAGAGCAGUUGGUCAAAACCCAACAUUAGCUGAGAUCUCUGACUUACAAUCCCAAAUUCAAGGUGACUUGGAUUUUGAUACUUAUGUUAAGAUCAUAAAUAGACCAGAUGGGUUUAAACCAUUAGGUGAACCUGAAGAUUAUAUAAAAGGGUUUCAAGUUUUCGAUAAAGAAGGUACUGGUUACAUUGGUGUUGGUGAAUUAAGAUACAUCUUAACUUCAAUUGGUGAAAAACUAUCAGACAGUGAAGUUGAUGAAUUGUUAAAAGGUGUUAAUGUUACUAAAGAUGGUAAUGUUGAUUACGUUGAAUUUGUUAAAUCAAUCUUGGCUCAAUAG